AUGAAAUAUAAAUACCUUCUCUUGUGUGUAUGUGUACUUUUUUCUGCGGUAAUAUCGUUUAUUUCUCAUCCGGUGGUACGAUUUACUGUUCAAGCUGGAAAAAGUAUAACUCGUACUGAAAUCGUUCAACUUGGUUUUAUUCGAAGUCUUGCUCAAUUUUUUAUUGAUGCUAAAAUUCGAGAUGGAAGUGGAAUUAACACUGAAGAUUUUAAAAAAGAACAUACUAUCGAUGAACUUUAUCAGUUAGCUCAUCCUGAUUGGACGAAAGACAAAGUAAAACUAUAUUCUUAUCCAUUGAAAAGUAUUAUUGAUAAGAUUCAAGUGAGAAAUGCUACCGUUGAUUUUAAUCCAUCAACAAAAAAUUUAUCAUCAGCUCAUUUUGAUAGUGAAUCAUUUAAUGAAAGCAAUCAUCGAAUAAUAAGAUUGAGAAAGUAA